AUGACGAGCCGUCUUGUGAGCCGUAACGGAAGCGUCUCUUCCUCCUCGCACAAUCGAGCUUCCUCUAGCCUUUGCUGCAAUCGCUGUCGCAAGAGCUUGACAACAACGGUCUUCGUAUGCACUUGUGACUGUGUUUUCUGUGAAGAAUGCACAUAUGAUCACUUCAAUAGUAGCUCCAGCUGCCCCAACUGUCGCAAGACCUUGGGAGCUGACGACUUUAUGGAGCUUUGCGUGGCGGAUCCAUCGUCCGCAACACAAGAAACUACAAAGAAUACCUUUCAAAACAUCCUUACCAAGUUUUCCGGUGGGUCCAAGAACCUUAGUCAUCAAGAAAUGUGCUCUCGCUUGCUCAAGAACCUCGACAAUGAUCGUCGAGCGGUGCGCUUCCUCUUGAAGCAGUUCGUGUUUGACUGCACGAAUCAAGAAUCCAAAACGGGUAGCAUGGGUCGUGCCUUUGAACAGCUGAAGCAGGAAUUUACCCAGCUCAAGCAGCAGUCUAGUAGUCAGCGGAUUCAGUAUGAACAGACGGUUGCCGACUUACAGCAUAGGGUCCAAGCUCUCACAGGCACCGUGCAAGAGCAGCAAAAGAAACUGGAAGGAAAAGAAAACCAGAUCGCACAAUUUCGUCAACUUUACGCUACCGACGGUAUGUCACGAUUGCCGUCAUCUUCUCAUUCAACGGGGAGUGGUAAGCGCGGUCGGAGUUCGGAGCAUGCUCUCUCAAGUAGUCAAGGGCUUCGAAACACAGAGCAGCAGCCUCUUAUGCACAAUUUUGCUAUGCAAAAGCAAGCGCGCGAACGUGUCAAAGAACAAGAGCGGCGCACACGUGCUCCUCCUUUUGCAAGCACAGCUGCUCCUGAAUCCCUUAUUACUCCUAUUCAGCUUCCGCACCGUCCCUACUCAUCUAUGUCGGCCUUGGGACCGCCGUCGACUCCUCGAAUCCGCGAUCUCUCGAGUUCUUCUGGAUACGUUUUUACCAGUAGUCGCGGAGGUAGCGGUAAUGGACACCACGACGCCAGCCAACGUCACCGAUCCUCGAUGUCGCCAUCGAACGCCUUCGUCUAUAACAAGAGCGGUGCUAGUAGUCAGUACCGACCUAGAAGUGGCAGUCAGCAAGAGUACUCUCGCCAUGGAACCGGUGGUGUCUUCCCUAUACGUCGAUGA